AUGGCCCAGUCAUGUCUUCAUGUGUGUUCGUAUCCGUCUUCAUCGCCUUCUUCUCUCCCCAAUCUGUUAAUGGUUUUCUUUGAUCGAACAUUUUUCAUCAAGUCAAGUGCUGAACAAGCCGCUACAUUUACGGCGCAUAACUAUGUUCGAUUUAGCAAAAUUAUCUUUGAUUUUUCUUCACGAGUAGCCGAGACAGUAAAUCAAAUCAAAAGCUGUGGUGACACAAUUACAGAUAAAAGAGUCGUGGAGAAAAUGUUAAGAUGCCUUCCUCCAAAGUUUGACCAUGUUGCAGCCGCAAUUGAAGAAUCGAAAGACUUGUCCAAAAUGACCAUUUAUGAGUUAACUGGGUCACUUCUUGCCCAUGAGCAAAGGAUCAAUCGUUCGAGUAACCAAUCUACUACCGAACAAGCCUUCCAAUCAAAUUAA